CCUGGAGCAAAACGCCCCGACCACGCUAAACCCAAAGUGGCCUAAGGCCCCAAAAAUUACCACAGCAAAAAGCUCAGCAGAGCUCAACGCAAAAUCUCGACGCCAGGCCGGACAGCGUUGCCCCAAAGCAUUUUCUGGUCCCGUCUUAUCUUUCUUAUUUUUCUGCCUCUCCUCCUCCUCCUUUCUCCUGCUCUGUCAUCAAUUCCCGCGCGCGACACCAGCAAUUCUCCCGUUCUUAUUUCGGGUGUUUUUGUUUCUUGAUUAUUUUUAAUCAAUUGCUGUCUAAGCUUCGGCUCGUUCGCAUUUUAUUUUGCCUGCCGCCGUGCUUCGCUUCCUCUCCGACAUAAUCCCGCCCCGACCUCGUCAACGAGACAUUUUCACAGCCAUGCUCAGCGCCGCUCUCAGAAGGCGAAUUAUCGCCCCUACCCACAGCGCCCUGCGAACGGGUUUCUCCUCGCACGUUGUCCGCUACUAUGCCUCUUUCCCCGACCACCAGGUCAUCAAGAUGCCUGCCCUCUCCCCUACCAUGACCGCUGGCAACAUCGGUGCUUGGCAGAAGAAGGCCGGCGAUGCCAUCGCCCCUGGUGACGUCCUCGUCGAGAUCGAGACCGACAAGGCCCAGAUGGACUUUGAGUUCCAGGAGGAGGGCACCAUUGCCAAGGUUCUCCGUGAGUCUGGCGAGAAGGACAUCCCCGUCGGUAGCCCCAUUGCCGUUCUUGUUGAAGAGGGCGCCGACGUUUCCGCUUUCGAAAAGUUCACCAUCGAGGAUGCUGGCGGCAACGGUGCCCCCGUCCAGGCCGCCGACUCUGCCAAGGCUGCUGAGCCUGCCCCGGCUGCUCCCUCCUCCGCCCCCGAGCCCGAGCAGUACGCUUCUUCCGGUGGUGCUCUCGAGACUGCGCUCGACCGUGAGCCCAAUGCUCUCCCCGCUGCCGUCCGUCUCGCCCGCGAGAACAACGUCAACCUCGCCUCCGUCAAGGGCUCCGGCAAGGGUGGCAAGAUCACUGAGGAGGACGUCAAGAAGGCCGUCAGCGCCCCUGCUUCUGCUUCUGCUGCCGCUGGUGCUGCCUACGAGGAUAUUCCUCUGACCGGCAUGCGCAAGGUUAUUGCCAACCGCCUUCUUGAGUCUACCCAGAAGAACCCCCACUUCUUCGUCACCAGCACUCUGUCUGUUAGCAAGCUCCUUAAGCUCCGCCAGGCUCUCAAUGCCUCUUCCGAGGGUCAGUUCAAGCUUUCUGUCAACGACUUCCUUAUCAAGGCCAUCGCCGUCGCCUCCAAGAAGGUCCCUGCCGUCAACUCCAGCUGGCGCGAUGACUCCAUCCGCCAGUUCUCCUCCGUUGACGUCUCGGUUGCUGUCGCCACCCCCACUGGCCUCAUCACCCCCAUCGUCACUGGUGUUGAGGGCCGUGGCCUCGAGUCCAUCUCCAGCAAGGUCAAGGAGCUUGCCAAGAAGGCCCGCGACAACAAGCUCAAGCCCGAGGAAUACCAGGGCGGCACCAUCUCCAUCUCUAACAUGGGCAUGAACCACGCUGUCGACCACUUCACCGCCGUCAUCAACCCUCCCCAGGCUGCCAUCCUCGCUGUUGGCACUACCAAGAAGGUUGCUGUCCCCACCGUCAACGAGGACGGCACCGAGGGCAUCGAGUGGGAGGACCAGAUCACUGUUACCGCCAGCUUCGACCACAAGGUUGUUGACGGUGCUGUUGGUGGCGAAUGGAUCCGCGAGCUCAAGAAGGUCAUCGAGAACCCUCUCGAGCUUCUCCUGUAAACAACAAAAUACCAAAUCACGAUCGGAGCAGGAGGAGGAUAAUGGUGUAGGACACAAUACCUUUAUAGACCAGGAAGCGGGGAAUAAUAUCAGCAGACGAAUUCUGGCGCUUUUCAUCUACGGUGCGACAGGUAACAGCAAACCGGUCAUUACCUAGAGACAAAAAAUAACCACGAGGGUACGAUGCCCGUGUACAAUGACAACAUUGAUUAAUACUGUACUUGAGCCUAGAAGAUUUCCAGAGGAGCUCCUCUCUAUGUGGCUUUAUGGAUCUGCCCUUAGCUACUUUACAGAUAACUUCCUUUUUUAUUACUAGUCGCAUUUGAAAUGUUUCAAUUCCAUUAUAUUUUACAUC